UAGGUUGAGAUUGGUCUCAUUAGCUCAGAACAAAAAAAAAUAACACAAGAGGAAAGCUAUGCCACCGAGGGUUGUCAAGAGAGGAGGAGGAGGAGGCGCCGCGAGAAGAGGCGGUAGGGUCACGAGAUCGGCUGUCAAUGCGCAGAAUCCGCCAAUUGAAUCCGCCGAUGACGAAUCCGUCAACAUCGGGGAGACGUCCGUCGAUAAAUCUAUCGAGGAAGAGAAUCAAUUAGACGAGUCGAAGCAGCAAUCUGAUUCGUUGGAUGAUCUUGAAGCUGCAGCGAAUCCAGACGACGUCGUUCCGCCCCAAAAGGAGACUGUGGAUGAUUUGGGGAAAGAUGAAAGAUUGGAUUUAGACGACAAUGAGCCAGAGUAUGACGCUGAUGAGUAUGGCGGGGAGGAGGAGUUUGAGGAGAGGGAGGAGGAGUAUCAUGAGUUGGUUAAUCAGGAGGAGGAGGAGUUUGAGGCCGAGGUAGAAAGCGAGGAGAUUGGUGGGGAUACUCAGGAGAGUGAAGGCGAUGUUGAAGAAGCCAAGCUUGGAGAAGCUGGCCAUGUGGGAGAAGAAGAGGAAGAUGACGUUCUCAACGAUAGGCGUAAGCGUAAGGAGUUUGAGAUCUUUGUUGGGAGCUUGGACAAGGGAGCUACGGAGGAGGAUUUGAAGAAAGUGUUUGGUCACGUGGGGGAGGUGACUGAGGUUAGGAUUGUGAAGAAUCCGCAGACGAAUAAGAGCAAGGGGUAUGCUUUCCUGCAUUUUGCAACUGUGGAACAGGCGAAACGAGCUGUUAAAGAGCUUAAAAGCCCAAUGAUCAAUGGUAAAAAGUGUGGUGUAACUGCAAGCCAAGAUAAUGAUACUCUCUUCAUUGCUAACAUAUGCAAGACAUGGACCUCAGAAGCUUUGAGGGAGAAGCUGAAACACUAUGGCGUUGAGAGUAUGGAUGAGAUUGCUUUGGUAGAGGACAGCAACAAUGCCAACAUGAACCGAGGGUAUGCGUUUUUGGACUUCGCAUCUCGCUCGGAUGCCAUGGAUGCUCACAAACGCCUUAUAAGGAAGGAAGUGGUGUUUGGACUUGAAAAGCCUGCGAAGGUUUCUUUUGCAGAUUCCUUCUUGGAUCCGGAAGAUGAGAUGAUGGCGCAGGUUAAGACUAUCUUCAUUGAUGGUCUGUCAACUUCAUGGAGCGAAGAGCAUGUUAGAGACCUGUUGAAAAGAUUUGGCAAACUUGAGAAAAUUGAGCUUGCACGCAAUAUGCCAUCAGCCAGGAGGAAAGAUUUUGGCUUUGUAACUUUUGAUACUCACGAGGCUGCUGUGACUUGUGCCAAAUCUAUCAACAACUCAGAGCUAGGCGAAGGAGAGGACAAGGCAAAAGUGAGGGCGCGCUUAUCCAGACCACUUCAUGGAGCAGGCAAAGGCAGACAGCCCAGUCGCUCAGACCACCGGUCUAGUAGGCAUGGGAGUAGACGAUCUGGAAGGAGUUCACUGGCUCGUCUGCCACCUCGUAGCUCUAGAGGCGUUGGACCUCGAGCCCCACCUCCUAGUAGUGCAAAGAGAGCUAGUGGAUCAAGAGGAAGACGUCCACGACCACCUCUACCUCCACCUGCAAGAGCUAGGCCCUCUAGGCCCUUGCCACCACCUGCAAGAUCCAGGCCCUUACCCCCACCUGCAAGAUCCAGGCCCUUGCCACCACCUGCUAGGUCUUAUGACAGAAGACCUCCAGUUCCUCCGUAUCCAAAGGCUAGCCUGAAGAGGGACUAUGGUCGGCGUGAAGAUCUUCUUCCUCCAAGAAGCAGACCAGCUGUGAACUAUAGUAGCUCCAGGCUUUCUCCUGAGAGGCAUUUGUCUUACAGAGAUGAUUAUGCACCUCGUGGGUCUGUUGGUUAUUCAGAUAUUCCUAGAGAUUCUUCUCGCUUAGAAAUGAGGAGGCCGUACGGGGAUGACCUUUACAGUCCGAGGUUUGAAAGACCUCCUCCAAGUUACAGUGAAGGGAGACCUCGUGCUUAUGAUGAACCUCUUCCUGGAUCAAAGCGACCAUAUGCUGCAUUGGAUGACAUUCCUCCCCGUUAUGCCGACGUCGAUGCUCGUCAUUCAAGAGCUCGUCUGGACUAUGAUCUUGGCCCAUCUCAAUAUGGGGAAUCGUAUGGGGACCGGAUUCCUAGAUCUAGUUUAGGAUAUGGAAGCAGCCGAAAUGCAAUGACAAGUCAUGACUCGCGUGGUCCAUAUAGCAGCAGUCGUCAGGGAAUGGAUUAUGGAGGAGGUUCGUAUAGUAGCAGCGAUGUAGGAGGAAUGUACUCAUCAAGCUAUGGUAGUGAACCACCCAGAAGAGAUGUAAGUUCAAGCUAUGGUAGUGACAUACCCCCCAGAAGAGAUGGAGGAGGUAGCUCGUAUUCUUCAGUAUACUCAAGUCGUGGACUGGGUGGUAGUAGUUACUCAGGUGGUGGUGGUGGUCCAGGAUCAUACUACUGAAAGUGAGUUAGUGGUUUCGCCAGGAAGGAGGUUUGACCUAUGCAAAGUUAUGCAGGAGAUGAUCAAUUUGGUUGCAGGGCUAUAAACCUGGGGGAGACUGUUGGAAUAGAGAGUAGUAAUAAUGGAUAAUGAAUUGGCUUCUUGUUUUAAGUGGCUUGCAUCUUCAACUGCAUUUGUAUUUGAAUCUGUUUUAGAUGGUGUGACAAGCUUCAGUUAUAUAAACAUGUUUUUUGUU